AUGCCUGGUGCAAAGAUCCUGCUAUUCCUUCAGAGCCUGACACGCAGGAAACCUCUUGAGCCCGCAGGAGAGGUGUCUAACUUCCGCCGUUGCCUGACAACCAUUGACCUUGUGGCUUUGGGGGUGGGCAGCACAUUAGGCGCCGGCGUGUAUGUGCUCUCCGGAGAAGUGGCCAGAACUGUGGCCGGACCCAGUAUCAUCAUCUCCUUCUUGAUAGCAGCCAUAGCCUCAGUCUUUGCAGGCUUGUGCUAUGCUGAAUUUGGUGCUCGGGUUCCCAAGACAGGUUCUGCCUACCUCUACAGCUACGUAACAGUGGGAGAGAUCUGGGCUUUUAUCACUGGCUGGAACCUUCUGCUCUCUUAUGUCAUAGGGACAUCAAGCGUGGCCAGAGCUUGGAGUGGAACCUUUGAUGACCUCAUUGGAAAUGUCAUUGCCAAUUCUUUGGGAAAACAAGCUCCCAUGGACCUGCCAGGAUUAGCUCCCUACCCAGACUUCUUUGCAGCUGGCCUUAUCAUGCUCUUGGCAGGUAUUCUUGCAUUCGGUGUUAAAGAGUCUGCCAUCGUGAACAAAGUUUUUACGGCAGUUAACAUCGUAGUCUUGCUCUUUGUUAUCCUCUCUGGCUUCAUAAAGGGAGAUCUCAACAACUGGUACAGUGGUGAAGAAACUCUUCAGAAUUCACAUGAAAACACAUCAUUGCUCAAUGAAACCAUGACUUUUGGAACCGGGGGGUUUUUCCCUUUUGGCUUUGGUGGAACAAUAGCAGGAGCGGCUACUUGCUUUUACGCAUUUGUCGGCUUUGACUGCAUUGCCACAACAGGAGAGGAGGUUCAGAAUCCCUAGAAGUCAUUCCCACUCGGGAUUGAGGUGUGCUGUAGGUGUGACAGAGGAAUUUCAGGUGGAUGUGGGACUGCAUCAGGGAUCCGUGCUGAGCCCCUUCCUGUUUGCGGUAGCAAUGGAUAGCGUGACAGAUGAGGUUAUACUGGAAUCCCCUUGAACCAUGAAGCUCGGAGAGGAUAUUGUGAUAUGCAGUGAAUGCAGGGAGCAUGCAGAGGAACAAUUAGAA